AUGUAUCGAAAGACGACAUUCCCAUUACACGCACCCACAGGCGAAGUAGAGAUCGCUUCACAAGGUCAACGCCAACGCCCAUUGACGCUCAAAGAUAUCGAAUCGGAUUCCAUCUCUGAGAUCGCCAAAAAGUCGUACAAUGCCAGCAAACCAAAGUGGAAUGCCAGCAUCGUCGAGACGAUUAUGGACAAAGAGCUCAAGCCAUCCAACUAUGACGCGCAAAAGAUCAUGCUCUUGGAAUUCACACAGUACCUCGAGAAGUAUCUUUGGCCCUACUUUGAUGAGAACAAGGCAUCCACCAACCAUGUGAUUUCAAUUUGUCUUAUGGUCAAUGAAAAGUUUCGACAACGUGUUGCACCUUGGGAUACAUUUGCAUCCGAUCCCGCCAAAUUCACUGCCUUCUUUGAUCGUGUCAUUCGUUUACUGGUGCCAGCUCAAGAUCUUUCCCUCCGUGUACAGCGUAUCAUUCUCGUCUUUUUGAUUUAUUGUUUCCAAAGUCUGGAAAAUGCCAUGGUACGGAAGGAAUGCUUAAAGCUACUUCCUAUCACCAUUUGGUCAAACUUUGCACAUGCUCAACGACGUGAUGUGAUCUUUGGCGAGUUUAUCCAAUUGCGCAAACUGUGGAAGUCAGCAAAAAAGAAAUUCGAUGCAGCCGAUGAGAGCACCAAAGAGAAAUUGACAUUCGAGCAGCAGUGGAUGAGCAACUUGUUACAGUCAUUUAUUGAAACGAUUUAUAUGAUCCCAGCUGAAGGAGAAGUGGAUGAGGAUGUGAUACGAUACUGCGAGCGAUUCAUGGAAUUAUUGAUUGAUCUUGAAGCACAAUUGCCCACACGUCGAUUCUUCAACACUCUUUUGGAUGAUCAUGCCAUUAUUGUCACAUGUCGCCUUGCACCAUUCAUGAAACGCGAGAACAAGGAUGUUGCAUUAUUGAAAGAGCUAUUCGCCAACCUUGAUUUUUAUUCCAAAUUCGAGAUCAAUGAUUUGACCGGCUUGGCACUGACCGAUCUUGAUAUGACCGAAAUGCGAGGCUCACAAUUGACGCAGCUUCAGCACAUUGUAUUUCGUCGCCUUAAGGAGGUUUUCCCCGAGUUACCUUUGGCCAAUUAUGGAUCUCUUGAACAACGACAAGACUUGUUGUGGCAUCUUGAACCUGCAGACGUUGAACCAUUGAGCCAACUAUGUGAUGCUGUUCAUCUUCGUUCCACACCUAUUGCCAAAGCAGCUGCAGAACAAUUGGAUCACAAAGAUUUCCUCCUUGAAAGCCUGGUUGCCAAAUAUGAAAAGCGUCAAAGCCAGAUUGAUAAGAUCAAUGAAACACCUUUAUAUCCAAAUGAGGAGACAUUGUUCAGUGAUACUUUGAUCCAAAAUCAAUUCUACACAGGCGAUCGACCUUUGGCGCUUCCCAAGCUCAACUUGCAGUUCUUGACGAUUCACGAUUAUCUUUUACGCAACUUUACGCUCUUCCGCCUGGAAAGUUCGUAUGAGAUUAGACAAGACAUUGAAGAUGUUGUCAAGCGUCUUGCACCACGCCUUGAGUAUCCCGAUCGUAAGACCGAGUUUGCCGGUUGGGCAAGAAUGGCUAUUCCUGUUGAAGCUGUGAGUGUGGUGGAUGUAGCACCUCCCAAGUUGGGUCAAGAUCGACCUGCUCAUGUCAAGGCCGAUAUCACCUUUAAUGUGGGUCGCUACACGGAUACGAUUCGACGUGAAUGGGACAAUUUGCGCCGCCAUGAUGUGCUCUUUUUGUUGACCAUUCAAGCCAACGAUGAUACGGUGAACCGAUAUACGGAGGAUAAGGAUUUCAAGGCACACUAUGGCAUCAAACAUGUGCGUGGAUGUGAGAUUGUGGAUGUGCUUGGCAGUGAUGGUCGACCGAUUGAUGAAGCACGCAAACCUACUUUGAAUGAGGAUCGCACAACACGAUGGGAUGGCACAAAGCGUACUUUACGUGUGGAAUUGGAUCCUAAUCAAUACAAGGCGGAUAUGGAUCGUGUCCAUCGUCAUCAAUCUGAAGACAUUCAUGAGACAUUCAACAUUUUGGUACGACGACGACCCCAAGAAAACAACUUUAAAUCGGUGCUGGAAACCAUCCGUGAUCUGAUGCAAGGCGAUUUGGCUGUACCCGAUUGGCUUCAAAAGGUGUUUUUGGGUUAUGGCGAUCCUUCCAGUGCCCACUAUACUGCUUUACCCGAUCGUAUCCGCGACAUGAACUUUAGAGAUACGUUCUUGGAUUGGGAUCAUGUCAAGGAGAGCUUCCCACAAAAACAAGUAGAACCAGCCCAAGGCUCAAGUGCACCUAUUCAGCCACCUUACAAGCUUCACUUUGAUACAAAGCAAGUGGAACAAAAGCCAAAAAAGAAGUCAAGGAAUGCAGCACAAGCUGAAGGACAAGAGAUCAUCACAGCUUCAACAUACAAGGUUCCUAAUAUGGGUCCUUAUCCUCAAGAUGUUCCCAAAAAGAACGCCAUUCGAUUUACUCCCAUUCAAGUUGAAUCGAUUCACUCUGGCAUGAAUCAUGGUCUCACAAUGGUGGUGGGUCCUCCUGGCACUGGUAAAACCGAUGUCGCCGUACAAACGAUCACCAAUCUUUAUCACAACAAUCCCACACAACACACCCUUAUUGUUACGCACAGCAAUCAAGCUCUGAAUCAAAUCUUUGAAAAGUUGACCAAGCUUGACAUUGACAGCCGGCAUUUGGUUCGUCUUGGUCAUGGCGAGGAAGAAUUGAAUACCGAAAUGAGCUUUAGCAAGUAUGGCCGUGUAUCAAGUUUCUUGGAACGUCGACUUGAAUUAUUGCAAGAGGUGAAUCGACUUGCUCAAUCCUUGGGUAUUCCUGGUGAUCAUGGUGCCACGUGUGAGACUGCAAGUUACUUUUACCGUUAUCACGUUCAGACGCAUUGGGAACGCUAUAUUCAAUCUCAUACAGCUACCGCCGAUGAGAUCCGCAGCUAUUUCCCCUUUGCCUACUUUUUCUCAAACGCACCCCAUCCCGUAUUCAAUGGUGACAUGGAUCGAGAAGAGGCUUUGGAUGCUGCACAGGGAUGUUUCCGUCACUUGGAAAGGAUGUUUGAAGAGCUUGAAGAAAUUCGAGCCUUUGAACUCUUACGCACCGGCUAUGAUCGUGCCAAUUAUCUCGUCACCAAGGAAGCCAAGAUUAUUGCUAUGACAUGCACACACGCUGCUCUCAAGCGAUCAGAACUUUUGGAACUCAACUUCAAGUAUGAUAACAUUGUGAUGGAGGAAGCAGCUCAAAUCUUGGAAGUGGAGACCUUUAUUCCCAUGUUAUUGCAACGAUCUGAUGAGGGUGAGAGCCGUCUCAAGCGUGUCAUUCUUAUUGGUGAUCAUCAUCAACUUCCUCCUGUUGUCAAAAACAUGGCAUUCCAGCAAUAUGGCAAUAUGGAGCAGAGCAUGUUUACACGUUUUGUUCGCUUGGGUGUACCCACGCUUCAAUUGAAUGCACAGGGACGUGCACGGACUUCGAUUGCGGAAUUAUACAGCUGGCGCUAUGGCGGUCUGGAAGAUUUACCCGAGGUCCAAACCAGCCCUGCAUUCCAACAUGCUAAUGCCGGUAUCACGUAUGAUUAUCAGUUGAUUGAUGUGGGCAACUACCAAGGCAAGGGCGAAGCUGAGCCAGUACCCUUCUUUUAUCAAAAUCUUGGCGAGGCUGAAUACGUGGUUGCCAUGUUCCAGUACAUGCGUCUCGUUGGUUAUCCACCAGAGAAAAUCUCCAUCCUCACCACCUACAAUGGACAAAAGGCUUUGAUUCAAGAUGUGCUUGAGCGACGAUGCUCCUGGAAUCCUUACUUUGGAAAACCUGCCAUUGUCACCACCGUCGAUCAAUACCAGGGCCAACAAAAUGAUUAUAUCCUACUCUCACUGGUACGAACAAAGACAGUGGGCCAUCUUCGUGAUGUUCGACGCCUCAUUGUUGCCAUGUCACGUGCAAAGCUCGGUCUCUAUAUUUUCGGUCGCAAGGAUUUGUUUGCCAACUGCUACGAAUUACAACCUGUCUUUUCCAAAUUGUUACAACGACCCACAGCACUCAGCUUACGACCCAAUGAAACAUACAUGCAAACGACACGUAGUGUGGAUGAUUAUUCGGAAGCUGAGACGAUGGACGAUGUGGAAGAAUUGGGCAAGUUGGUGUACAAACUAAGUCAAGAGCAAUUGAAUGCCCUACAAGAAGAGAUUGCUGCCAAGCAAGCGGAACAAGAAGGCGCUCUUGAAGAGGAGGAUCAGGAUGAGGCCAUGGAUGAACAAGAAUAG